CUCUCAGAUAUGCGAAUGCGCAACAUUGGAGCGUUCCGGACUAGUAUGAAACAACCCCCCCGCCCCGCAGUUCGAGACGUCAUCACUCGCAAGCACGUGGACGCUGGAGUGCGGAAGUGCGGAGAUUCACAUAAAUAAACUGUAUUGAUCUGAUCAUAUCACACAGUUCAUGUGGACAGGUGUCCGGAUGUCUCGUCCACAUGUGCUGUCUCUCUACAGGAGGGUCCUGCGCGUGGCACGCAGUUGGGAAGCUCAGUCUGCUCUUCCUCAGGACACCGACAGCGAGCGGAAAUACAUCGCUCAGGAGGCUCAAACCCUCUUCAGACAGAACCAGCAGAUAACAGAUCCACAAUCAAUCCAGAGAUGCAUUGAAGAGUGUGAAGCUCGGAUAGAGAUCGGACUGCAUUAUAGGAACCCCUAUCCCAGACCAACAUAUCUUCCACCGAUGGGUCUGGCCACUCAGAAAGGAAGAAAACUGCGAGCUCAGCAGAGACUGCGGAAACAAGCCAAACCUGUGUACCUACAGUCUCAGGAUGAGACCUGAGACCUCACAGUGUGCAGGACAUUGUGCUGAAAAACACCAGGGAACAUUAUUAAGUUUGACAGUUCAUGUUGUCCAUAGCUUAAAAAGACUGCAUUAUGAAACAGAUCAGUGCAAUUACUCUCACUGCCAGUGUAAAGCAGGAUGAAUGCUAAUGUUGACAGGUGUUAAAAGGUGUAUUUAUUUUGUUGUUAUAUACUACAUUGUAUUGCAUUCUAAGUGUCUAGCUGCGUUUCAAUGAGUUUAUUUCUCAUCAUUCAUUAAACUUUUGAGUUUUAACUAGAAA